AGAACAAGAUUCAGAUCUAGAGAGAAGCAGGCAAAGCAUGAGAGUAGGUGGUGGGAGAAAGUAAUAUAAAUAAGCCAAGUCUCUCCACGCAAACUCGCGCCGUUCACUUCUCUUGAGCCUCUCUUUUCAUCUUAACGUCUCAUUCUAUUCUCUUAAGUGCAAUGACGUCCCACAUUGUCGGUUACCCCCGCAUGGGGCCCAAGAGAGAGCUCAAGUUCGCUUUAGAAUCUUUCUGGGAUGGCAAGAGCAGUGCUGAGGACUUACAGAAGGUGGCGGCAGAUCUCAGGUCAUCCAUCUGGAAGCAGAUGGCUGAAGCUGGAAUCAAGUACAUUCCUAGCAAUACCUUCUCCUACUACGAUCAGGUCUUGGACACCACGGCAUUGCUUGGAGCAGUUCCAGCUAGGUAUGGCUGGAAUGGCAAUGAGAUUGGGUUUGAUACCUACUUCUCAAUGGCCAGGGGUAAUGCCUCUGUUCCUGCUAUGGAAAUGACCAAGUGGUUUGACACCAACUACCACUUCAUUGUCCCUGAAUUGGGGCCAGAUGUCAAGUUCUCAUAUGCCUCUCACAAAGCUGUUGAUGAAUAUAAGGAGGCCAAAGCUCUUGGUAUUGAUACUGUCCCUGUCCUUGUUGGCCCUGUUUCCUACUUGUUGCUGUCAAAACCAGCAAAGGGUGUGGACAAAUCUUUUCCUCUUCUUUCCCUGCUUGCCAAAAUUCUUCCAAUUUACAAGGAGGUUGUGUCAGAACUAAAAGCCGCUGGGGCAACCUGGAUACAGUUUGAUGAACCAACCCUUGUGAAGGAUCUUGAGCCUCAGCAAUUGCAUGCAUUUACUGGGGCCUAUGCUGAGCUUGAAUCAUCUUUAUCAGGAUUGAAUGUUCUUGUAGAGACAUAUUUUGCUGAUGUCCCUGCUGUGGCAUUCGAAACCCUUACCUCUUUGAAGGGCGUUAGCGGAUUUGGGUUUGAUUUGGUUCGUGGAUCAAAGACUCUUGAAUUGAUCAAGGGAGGAUUUCCUUCUGGAAAAUACCUAUUUGCUGGACUUGUCGACGGAAGAAACAUCUGGGCUAAUGAUCUCGCUUCUUCUCUCAGCACCCUGCAGACUCUUGAGGGAAUUGUUGGAAAAGAGAAGCUUGUUGUCUCUACAUCAUGUUCCCUACUCCACACUGCUGUAGAUCUUGUGAAUGAAACUAAGUUGGACGAUGAGAUCAAGUCAUGGCUUGCUUUUGCAGCACAAAAAAUAGUUGAAGUAAAUGCAUUGGCAAAAGCAUUGGCUGGACAAAAGGAUGAGGCAUUCUUCUCUGCUAAUGCUGAGGCUCAGGCUUCAAGAAAAUCUUCCCCAAGGGUGACAAAUGAGGCUGUUCAAAAAGCUGCUGCAGCUUUGAAGGGAUCAGACCACCGCCGAACCACUGAUGUUAGUGCCAGGCUGGAUGCACAGCAGAAGUAUUUGAACCUUCCAAUUCUUCCUACCACUACCAUUGGAUCCUUCCCUCAGACCAUGGACCUAAGAAGAGUGCGUCGUGAAUACAAGGCUAAGAAGAUAUCUGAGGAGGAUUACGUCAAGGCCAUCAAGGUGGAAAUUGAGAAAGUUGUCAAACUCCAGGAAGAGCUUGACAUUGAUGUUUUGGUUCAUGGUGAACCAGAGAGGAAUGACAUGGUUGAGUACUUUGGUGAACAAUUAUCUGGUUUUGCCUUCUCUGCCAAUGGGUGGGUCCAAUCUUACGGGUCUCGAUGUGUCAAGCCUCCUAUCAUAUAUGGUGAUGUGAGCCGCCCCAAGGCCAUGACUGUCUUCUGGUCUUCAAUGGCUCAGAGCAUGACUAAGCGACCCAUGAAGGGUAUGCUUACUGGUCCUGUUACAAUUUUGAACUGGUCCUUCGUCAGAAAUGACCAGCCCAGGCAUGAGACCACCUAUCAAAUUGCUUUGGCCAUCAAGGAUGAGGUUGAGGAUCUUGAGAAAGCUGGUAUCACUGUUAUCCAGAUUGAUGAGGCUGCCUUAAGAGAAGGUUUGCCCCUUAGGAAGUCUGAGCAGGCUUUCUACUUGGACUGGGCUGUUCAUUCCUUCAGGAUUACUAAUUGUGGUGUAAAAGACACUACCCAGAUCCACACCCACAUGUGCUACUCAAACUUCAACGAUAUCAUCCACUCAAUUAUCAACAUGGACGCUGAUGUUAUCACCAUUGAGAACUCCAGGUCAGAUGAAAAGCUUCUCUCCGUCUUCCGAGAGGGAGUGAAGUAUGGUGCUGGCAUUGGUCCUGGUGUCUAUGAUAUCCACUCUCCUAGGAUCCCAUCGACAGAGGAAAUCGCUGACCGUAUCAACAAGAUGCUUCAAGUGCUUGAAACCAACAUCCUGUGGGUGAACCCCGAUUGUGGCCUGAAGACUCGCAAGUAUGCUGAAGUUAACCCUGCCCUCAGCAAUAUGGUUGCUGCUGCCAAGCUCCUGCGCUCCCAGCUCGCAAGUGCCAAGUGAGUCCAUCAAAGUUUGGUCAAUCAAUUAUCUUUCUUACAUUUGUGAAGAUUUAUUUUAAGGCCAAAUAACGUUCACCAUUUUGUUGAGAGCAAAUCCUUGUCUUUCUUUUCGUUUAGGAAGUAAUGAUUAUGUAUUAUUGAUGUGGAUUUUCUUGAUGGGGCUUCCUAUAAAAAAAAAAUUGUAUGAAGCUGUUCUGCCAUCUUUAUAAUCCAUAUUGCUUGUGUACUUUUUUUUUCCUGGAAUGUAUAAGCAAAGGCCUAGUCAUUUGCCAAAAAGCAAUGUUGUGUUCUUGGAUGAUAUGUGUCA